CUGGUUUUCCAAGAUAAGACUUUGGAUCUUUUGUUGUGCAAGCCAGAGGCCAGGCCACCAUCAUCCCAGAGAAGUGAGACAGACUGCAGUCCAUACUCCGUAUCCACCGCCAUAUCCUUUGCUGCUGGAACCACGUGGUCGUUGCGGAAAUUAAGAAGAUGAAGCCACUCAUUCAAAUUAAUCCGCUGCAUGCUUGAUCCCUGUCCUCUCUGUUGAAUUGGAAAUUAACCACUUUGUAAUUUAGCGGGAAGAGUUCUUCCAAGCUCCUGCCACCUGUUGCAUGGGCAUGCACGUGUCUUAACAGAAUUCCCACGUAACGUAACUUUCUAACCCCCAUCACCCACUUUCUUCUAUAUAAACCAAACUAAUUUUGCCUUGGCCAACACUUAACAUAGUGUUCAGAUUCUCAUCUCUUGAAACAAUGCUGAAGGGAACCUCGUUUUUCCAAUUUUCACUUUUCACAGUUUUUUACAUUCUUGCUUCCUUUCCAAGUGUUGAAGCUUCUUUGCAUGGAAAUGCUUCGGCUUUGGGGUAUUUGGUGCCGAAACAUGAGAGGAAGCACUUAGUUUUGACAGAAUAUGGAGAAAUCUCAGCUGUUAAAGUCAGUGAUGGAAGAAGAGGUUCAUACCAUCUUCAAUUCAUCACCAUGGAGCCUAACUCCCUUUUUCUUCCAGUUCUGCUACAUGCAGACAUGGUUUUUUAUAUCCACACGGGAAGUGGAACGUUGAGUUGGACUGAUGAUAAUGAGAUGAGGACGGUGAACAUUCGGAAAGGAGAUAUAUAUAGGCUGCAUCCAGGGUCAUUUUUCUAUCUACAGAGCAGCUUAGAGCCUGAAAGAGAGAAACUUAGAAUUUAUGCGAUCUUCUCUAGUAAAGAAGAGAACAUAUAUGAGCCAUGGAUUGGGGCAUACUCCAGAAUUAGUGAUGUGGUCCUUGGCUUUGGUUCCAAAGUCCUCCAAGCAGCUUUUGAGGUACCCGAGGAUGUGAUCGAAGAAAUAAUGAAAGCUACCAAACCACCUGCAAUAAUUCAUGCAGUACCAAAGAAGAAGAAGAUCUUCUUCGAAUGGCAAACUCGACUCCUGAAAGCCUUUCUAGGGAGCAACAGGGAUGGCUUCGAUUCUAUCAAUGGCAAGAAGAAGAAGAAAACAAAAGCAUAUAAUGUUCUUGAAGCAGAUCCAGAUUUCAAAAAUUGUAACGGCUGGAGCCUAACAGUGGACAAAAAUGACUUGCGUUUAUUGAGGGAUUCCAACAUUGGAGUUUUCAUGGUGAACUUGACAAAGGGUUCAAUGAUGGGGCCACAUUGGAAUUCAAGAGCUUCAGAGAUAGCAGUAGUGUUGGAAGGUCAAGGGAUGAUUCGGGUGGCUUGUUCGAGCAAUGCUAAUGAAUCUGAGUGCAAAAACUUGAGGUUCAGAGUCAAGGAAGGAGAUGUAUUUCUUAUACCAAUGUUCCAUGCAAUGGCUCAGAUAUCUUUCAACAAUGAUUCAUUUGUUUUCAUGGGGUUCAGCACAUCGACAAAUAGAAACUAUCCUCAAUUUCUAGCAGGGAAGAGCUCUGUCCUAGGGUUCCUGGAUAGACAGAUCUUGGCUGUGUCAUUCAAUGUCAGUAACACAACAAUUGAUCAGCUUUUAACUCCACAGAAAGACUCAGUCAUAUUUGAUUGUACUUCUUGUGCUGAGGAAGAGGAAAGCAUAAUGGAGGAGGAAAUUGAAAGGGAAAGAGAGGAAGAGGAAGAAGCCAGGAAGAAAGAGGAGGAAGAUGACAGAAAGAGGAAGGAAGAAGAAGAAGCCAGGAAGAAAGAGGAGGAAGAGGCCAGAAAGAGAGAGGAAGAGGAGGCCAGAAAGAGGAAGGAAGAGGACGAAGCCAGGAAGAAACAGGAGGAAGAAGCCAGAAAGAGAGAGGAAGAGGAAGAAGAGGAAGAAAAGAAGAGAAGAGAAGAAGAAGCAAGGAAAGAGCAAGAGGAAGCCCGGAGACAGGAAGAAGAAAGGCAAAGGAGGGCGAGACAGGAAGAAGAAGAAAGGAAACGACAAGAAGAGAAGGAGAAAGAAAGACGAAGGAAGGAAGAACAAGAGCAAGAAGAACCCAAAAGAAGGAAAGGAGGACAAGGUCGAGAAGAAGCUGCAGCUAGGAAGCAGGCCAAGAGACAGGAGCAAGAAAGACAAAGAAGAGCAGAACAAGAAGAAGAGGAGGCCAGGUGGGAGAGGUAG